AUGAAGAUUGUUUGUUUAGGAGCUGGUUGUGAUGUAGGAAGAAGUUGUAUACUUCUUAAAAUUGGUAACAAAAGAGUUAUGUUAGAUUGUGGUAUACAUAUGGGUUAUGAAGAUGAACAAAAAUUUCCUGAUUUUUCUUUUAUUGCAAAUGGAAAUAGUUUAACAGAAUACAUUGAUUGUGUUCUUAUAUCUCAUUUUCAUACAGAUCACUCUGCAGCCUUACCAUAUAUGACAGAGGUAAUUGGAUAUGAUGGACCUAUUUAUAUGACACAACCAACAAAAGCCAUCUCAGCAGUUCUUUUGGAAGAUUUUCGUAAAAUUACAACACAACAAAGGGGUGAAAAAAGUUUUUUUACAUCAGAAAUGAUAAAAAGUUGCCUGAAGAAGGUUCAUGUAAUAGAGUUACAUGAAAUUGUUCAUGUUGAUGAAGAUUUAACAAUUCAAGCAUUUUAUGCUGGUCAUGUUAUUGGUGCUGUAAUGUUUUUAAUAAAAGUUGGAAAUGAGUCAGUUUUAUACACGGGUGAUUAUAAUAUGACUCCUGAUCGUCAUUUAGGUGCUGCAAAAGUUCCAUACUCUCUUAAACCAACACUUUUAAUUUCUGAAAGUACAUAUGCCUCAACUAUAAGAACAUCCAAAAGAGCUAGAGAACGGGAUUUUUUAAAUAAAGUACAUAAUUGUAUAAACAAUGGAGGAAAAGUUUUGAUUCCAUGUUUUGCUCUAGGUCGUGUACAAGAAUUAUGUAUUUUGCUAGAUUCUUACUGGGAAAGGAUGAAUCUUAAAAUUCCAAUGUAUUUUUCACAAGGAUUAGCCUACCGAGCAACUGAAUAUUAUAGAUUAUUUGUUAAUUGGACAAAUGAAAAAGUUAAAAAUACUUUUGUUGAAAGGAAUAUGUUUGAAUUUAAACAUAUUUUACCUUUUAGAAUAGAACUUGCUGAUGAUCCUGGUCCAAUGGUUGUAUUCUCAACACCUGGUAUGCUUCAUAGUGGACAAAGUUUAAAAGUAUUUCAAAAAUGGUGUGGUGAUGAGAAAAAUAUGAUAAUAAUGCCUGGUUAUUGUACACCUGGAACUGUAGGUCAUAAAGUUAUAAAUGGAAUAAAGAAAAUUGAAAUUGAAGGAAAAAUUGCUCAUGCUGAUGCUAAAGGUAUUAUGCAACUUAUAGAAAAUGUAGAACCUAGGAAUGUAAUGCUUGUUCAUGGUGAGGCAGAGAAAAUGAAAUUUUUAAAAAAGAAAAUUACUGAAGAGUUUAAUAUUAAUGUUUAUAUGCCUGAAAAUGGAGAAAAACUUGUAAUAAAACCAAGAAAUGAGAUUGCAUUAAAAAUUCCUUAUGAAAUUAUACAAGAAUGUAUUGAGAAAACACCUGAUAUAUCAAAAAAAAAUUGUGAAUUUAGAGCUGUUUUGGAGGUUCAACCAAAGACAAAUAAAAUUUUAAAUGUAAUGAGUGAAAAUGAAGCAGCAAGAACAUUGGGACUUGAUGUUCAUGGAGUUUACUUGAGUGCUUUUUCAGAUGUCUCUGAACGCCUGAAACCCGUAAAAUGGAAUGUUAUAGCAGAAAUAUUACAAGAAAUUGAUUCCUCCCCAAUUGUUAUGGAUGAUGGGGUUGAUUUAUUUAAUGGAGAAAUUUCUGUGUUACUGUGUGAAAAAGAUGAAGACAAAUUUGAAAUUAUAUAUGAUAAUUUAAGAAGUGACUGGGUACCACAUAUAACAAAUAGACUAUCAUGUUAA